AUGGGACCCAUUCUUCGGAUCAAGACCAAGCGGAUAGCUUUCAUUCUCGUCUUUCUCGCCACCAUUGCUGCCCUUCUAGGUCCUUACAUCUUUGUCCACUUCCCAAGGACAUGUAUACCUUACGUUGACCCGAUUCACCAAACAGGGCGGCCUAUCUCUUCUUCACUCUCAACAGCAACGGCGACAGACAACAACUACAAUAACAAUCAUGGAUACCAUGACCCUCGGAUCAUCAUCCUCUCGGGUGAACUCUGCACGAACCCGGACCCAAUCUCGAAAUGUAGACAACUCGGUAAAGUCUCCCACCACAACCGUCGAGAAUACAUCGCUCAUCAGCAAGGCCGAUACGACCUCUGGGAUACCGAGACCACCCGUUAUUUCGAGGAGGUCAUAGCCGUCGGUGCCGUCCCUGCCUGGGCCAAGAUAAAGAUGAUCAAGGAUGAACUCGCCAAGAAUGAACACGACUGGAUCUUUUGGAUGGAUACGGAUGCCCUGAUUGCCAACAUGGAUAUCCGACUGGAACAGUUUAUCGAUAACCGUCAUUCACUCAUCAUCACCAAGGAUUGGUAUUGCCUCAACGCCGGCGUGUUUUUGAUCAAGAACGAUGACUGGUCCCGAGAGUUUAUCGACCUGGUCUGGUCCAAAAUGGGGCCUUAUGAUCACGAACAGGACUGGAUGAUUGGGACUUUGGAAACGCAUCCAGAGUUGAAGGAGAAAGAAAAAGUCAAGUAUUUGCCGCAGUGCAGUUUCAACUCGUAUUGGAACAUGAAGAAACUCUACCAGAUGUUCCGACCUGGCGAUUUUAUGGUCCAUUGGGGGGCUUUCAACUGGGAUGUACAGUCGUUCGAGGAUUGGCAACAGCUUCGAUACUUCAAGAUGCCGUCACUCCGGUCAGGAUAA